CCCCGCCACCAGCUUCUCCGUCCGUCCCCUCCCCGUCGGCGGAAAGCUCCCGUCAGAGGCUCUCUCCGGCUGUCAAUUCGUCGGCGGACGGCUCACCGGCGAGGAGAUCAAGCAGCCACCCCGUCUCCUCUCCAAGGCAAGAAUUGAACCGCCCAAGGCUUCCCUUUCCCCGAAUCGGCCGGGGUUUCCUCCGAUCCGCGUCGUUCAGGGGCAAGAUCGGAUCACAUCGUCGGCGGCCGGCCAUGGCGACGCUGUCGGCGGGCGUGCUCCUGAAGCUGCUGGACGGGAUGAAGACGGGCGCGGCGAAGCCGGUGGGCGAGCACCGGACGGCGGUGCUGCAGGUGACGGACAUCGUGCCGGCGGAGAUGGACGAGGUGGACCUCUUCCCCAAGCACGGCCGCUUCUACGUCAAGGUCUCCGACUCCUCCCACUCCAUCUACGCCACGCUACCCCCCGCGCAGGCCGACCUCGUGCUCGCCAACAAGCUCAGCCUCGGCCAGUUCCUCCACGUCGACCGCCUCGACCCGGGCUCCCCCGUCCCCGUCGUCGUCGGCGCCAGGCCCAUCCCCGGGCGCCACCCGCUCGUCGUCGGCACCCCCGAGCCCCUCGCCAGGAAGCCCGCCGCGCCGCGCAGGGGCUCCUGGGGCCCCGAGAACCAUGGUGGCGCCACGGUGGCGUCGCCCAAGGUCGUCAGGCCCAUCGCGCUCUGCUUCGAGGAGAGGACGCCCGUCAAGGAGCGCCCCUCGCCGGCGCGCAGCUCGGUGUCUUCCGUCAGGAAGAGCACCAGCGUCAUGCCGAGGUUGGUGACACGCAGCCGGAGCUUCGUCGCCGACCGCGGCGACCCCCCUCCGCCGCCCAACAAGAUCCCCAAGAGCCCCUUGGCACCCGAGAAGAGCUCCAUGAGCUGCACGGCCGUGCGCACGAUGAGCAGGAGGCCCAGGGAGGAGGAGCCCUCCUCGCCGGUCUCCGACGACGACGCCGGCAGCACCGCCACGUCCUCCAAGCGGCGGCCCUCGUCGUCGGCCGCCCGCGUGCCCGUGCCGGUGAAGCUCAGCUCCCUCGGCAAGGAGGCCAUGGAGCAGCGGGAGCAGGCGCAGAAGGCGGCGCUGGAGGCGCUGCGCAACGCGUCGGCGACGGACAACGUCGUCAGGAUCUACAAGAUGUUCGCCGACGUGAGCAAGGCGGCGAGGCCGGACGCGCCCGCGGCCUGCUUCGACGGCUUCCUCAGCUUCCACCAGGAGGCCGCGCAGGCCGUGGCCGACAUCGAGUCCAUCCAGGCGGCCACCUCCAUGGCCGCUGCGGCCACCAGCGACGUGCUCGCCGAGGCGACGCCGGCGCCGAACGUGCUGCAGGAGAUCGCGCAGAACAGGGCCACGACGCCGGCGAGGCGGCGGGGCCUGCUCGGGUUCGGCGGCGUGUCCAAGUCGGUGUCCUUCGCGCCGGGCACGCUCCAGGACCCUUCGUCGCGGCAGGACGGCGGCGGCGCCCGGAGCUCCAGCGCCAGCAGGAAGUGCCUCGGGACGCCCGUCGACGGCGGCGACGACAAGAGCAAGAGGUCGUCCGCUCCUGCCGGAGUAGCAGUGGUGGCGGUGGCGCAGUCGCCUCUGGGGUCGUCGCUGAGGAUGGCGAGGCAGAUGCAGGCGGAGGCCGGGGGCUGGUUCAUGGAGUUCCUGGAGGCGGCGCUGGAGGCCGGGCUGAAGAAGAAGCGCACGAGCAGCAGUGGGAAGCCGGGGGCGACGGGGGCGCAGAGCUGCCCGCAGUCGCUGGUGCUGCGCGUGAUCAACUGGGUGGAGAUGGAGCAGAGCGGCGGCGAGAGCCGGAAGGCCGGGCACCCCAGGGCGGCCGCCAUCGCCAGGAAGCUUAGGAUCAAGGCCAAGAACCCCUGAGCUGAGGCCCUCUUUCCUUGAUCACAAUUGCUCAUCAGUGAGCACUCAAGAAGGAACACUGAAGCUCUUGUUCGGUUCUUUGGAGUAUGUAUGAAUCAAUCAAAUCAAAAUUCGUUAUUCUUUCCACA